CCCCCCACUUCUGUUUUUUUUCCUCGCUUUCUCUGACUGUCGUUGGCCAGGCGGAAGGCAGCGAUGCAAACUCGUUACUCGGUGUCGAGUCCGAACUCGCUGGGAGUGGUGCCCUAUCUGAGCGAGCAGAAUUACUACCGGCCCGGCCCGGGAUACACCGGGAUGGCGGCUCCGGUGGGGAUGUACCCGCACGCAGCUCACGAACAGUACGCGGCGGGGAUGGUUCGAUCGUACGGACACUACACCCCUCCUCCGCAACCCAAGGACAUGGUGAAACCUCCCUACAGCUACAUCGCCCUCAUUACCAUGGCCAUCCAGAAUGCGCCGGACAAGAAGAUCACUCUGAACGGGAUCUACCAGUUCAUCAUGGAGCGCUUCCCCUUUUACAGGGAGAAUAAACAAGGAUGGCAAAACAGUAUCCGCCACAACCUGUCCCUGAACGAGUGCUUCGUCAAGGUGCCCCGUGAUGAUAAGAAGCCGGGCAAGGGGAGUUACUGGACCCUGGACCCGGACUCUUACAACAUGUUCGAGAACGGCAGCUUCCUGAGGAGGAGGAGGCGCUUCAAGAAGAAGGACGCCGUGCGGGAGAAAGAGGAGAAAGAACGCCAGGGCAAAGAGGCUCCGGGCCGGCAGCAAGCGGCCGCAGGAGACGCUGAGAAACACGCGGUGCGGAUCCCGGAGAUCAAGACGGAGAACGGGGCGCCGUCCCCGCCUCCGCCGCCGAGGCUGGCCGGUCCCCCUGCCCUCAGCAUGGUGCCCAAGACCGAGAGCCCGGAGCCCAGCAGCGGACACAGCCACACUAGUAGUAGUAGCCCAUCCAACAGGUCCCUGAGCCUGGAUAGCCACGAGCACCAGGCCUUCACGGUGGAGAACAUGGUCCCGUCUCUGAGAGGCUCCCCCCACGCCUCCGGUGAACUCAACACGGCCUCCCGGACAGGUAUCAGCCCCUCGUUACCCCUCAGCUACCCAUCGAGCCAGACGUCCAUCUACAGCUCCUCCUGCAGCCAUAGCCUGAGUUCAGCUACCGCUGGCACCUACCACUGCAACAUGAACCUGUACUCCGGGGAGAGAGCCGCGCACAUCGCAGCGAGCGGCGUCGACGAGGCUCUGCCCGAAUAUUCAAUACCCCCGAGCAGCAGUAGCACCGCCGCCGCCCCUUCCUUGAGCCACGGUCUGAGCAACGGUCAGGACGGGGUCGGGACCGGGCCAGGUCGACUCGCCUCCUGGUACCUCAACCAGGCGGGCGAUCUGAGCCAUCUGACCUGCAGCGCUUACUCCGGGCAGCAACAGAACCUCCACACGGUCCGGGAAAUGUUUGAGGCACAGCGAAUCGGCCUCGGCAACUCCGCCGUCAGUUCCGCGCACGCCAAUGGGAAUAGCAGUUGUCAGAUGUCGUUUCCCCCAGCCCAGACACUUUAUCGCACCUCAGGUUCGUUCGUCUAUGACUGCAGCAAGUACUGACACCAAAACAAACACAUGAGAGAGAGAGAGAGCGUUUACAGACUGUAACAUUUUAUCUUUUAAAACACAAGCAACAACAGCCCGUGUUUAUAUGUCUGUCUCCUUUUGUACAUAAACAAAAAAAACACAAAACCAAUUUGAAAUUUGGCUAACAGAACAGUGUUACUCCAAAGAAACGUAAGUUGCUUUUAUUUCGCAAAAAAGUGUUUAAAAAUGACGAAGUUUCUGUGUCAAAUCUAGUAGAAUUCACGGCGAGCUUAGUCGGACUUGUUAUAAACCGUAAGAGACGGAUAGUAAUUUAUUUUCAGUUGUAGUAGAAUAUUAUUUUUAAAUAUGGACCAAACUUCCCGAAAGUGUUCUGGUGCUGACCCCCUCCCCCGCCCAGUCACCCCCAUCCCGAAUCUUUUAACAUUAAUGUUCUUGUUGAUGUUACACCUUCCAGUAUAAAGAUUGACUGUAUAACGCGAUUUUAUGUCCUCCUUUUAUUGAAAAUGUUCCGAAGGCAUUGCAUUGUUUGUUUCUUAAUAAAUGACAAUUCGCUCCGUCUGUUGGAA